GAGAGAGAGAGAGAGAGAGAGAGAGAGAGAGAGCUAGCAAGUAUAUAUGACCCAAUGCAAUGCAAUGCAAUGUAAUACAGUAGAGUGCAGUGGUGUUCAAACCCUAAAAUUGAACUGAACUGAUCCCUCUCUCUCCAUCUCUUAUUUCUCUCUCGAUGGAGUCGGUGGUGCAGCUCCUCCUCCCCCGGCGAGCGGCGGUGGUAGCGGUGUUGUCGGCAAUAGUGCUAUUCGGGGUGGGGAGAUCAUCGGCGUCGGGGGGCAUAGACAAGGACAAGGAGAAGUGCGCGAACGAGCUGGUGGGGCUGGCGCCGUGCCUGUCGUACGUGAGCGGGGAGGCGAGGUCGGUGGGGGCGGAGUGCUGCGCGGGGCUGAAGCAGGUCCUACAGAGGAGCCCCGCCUGCAUCUGCCUCCUCGUCAAGGACCGCAACGACCCCAGCGUCGGCUUCAAGAUCAACGCCACGCGGGCGCUCUCCCUGCCCUCGCUCUGCCGCUCCUCCUCCCCGGCCAACGUCACCGACUGCCCCGCCGUCCUGCAUCUGCCCCCCGAUUCGCCCGACGCCAAGGUCUUUCAGGACUUCGCCAACAGUGCCACCAACUCCUCCUCCUCCGAGGCCUCUACUGCAGCUGCUGCUUCUGCUUCUGGGAAUCAUCCAUCGUCGUCGUCGGGGGCGCUGAGCGGCAAUGAUCUCAGCAGUGCAGGCAGCAGAUCAAAGACUAUGAAUAUGAACAGAUGGGGAUGGGGGAUUGAAGUGGUGUGCGUGUGGGCUGCACCAUUAUUACUCGCUAUUCCUCAGUAGCACCAGCAGCAGUUCUUCCUCAAUUUCAAUUUCAUCCCCCGAUUAGAAGAAUACUUUUGAUUAAUUAAUUAAUUAAUUAAUACGGACACACACACAUAUAUAUAUAUCAUUAAUUAGUGUGCGUGUGGUUGAUUCUAUAUAUAUAAUUUAGUGCGUAGUAGAAGAUGAUAGAUAUACAUAUUAUAUCUAUCUAUAUUUCGACCAUUAUUCAUGUAAUUAAGCCGCAGGCUGGCUGGUCGUUGGGCGGCUGCCUGGCUGUGGUCCUUGCUGCUGCUUGUGUCUGUCUUCCUGCGUUUUAACAACGUUCACAUCAUCUUUAUUAUUAUUAUUAUUAUUAUUAUUAUUAUUUUUA